CCGGCAGCUUCCUGGCCGCGUGGUUACCAUGGUGACAGCCAGCAACAAGCCAGGACAGCAGCAUGGGGGGUGAUGCUUGUGGAUGACAGGUAACAUCACAUGAAUUUCUGAAGGAGUCACUUAUUGAAGUCAGUUUGCAGACUGUUGUAUUCUUGGAUCUCCAGCCUACAGGAUGCCGAUAUACAUUAGAAAAGGGCCCUUAGAAAUCCCUCCGGGUUCUGAGAAGGACUGGGCCAGUGAAGAACAUGAGGAUUAUUUCUUGAGGGAUCCAGACCAAGCACGGGACUCUCUCCCACAGCCGUAUCGCAUGAUCGCAAAAGUGGUAGAAUGUCUGAUUGACCAAGCUAUUGAGCUCAUCAAGAUACGGGAACAGAGCCGCGAAGAGGAGAAACUCAAAAAGAAAACCGACAUCUUCCAGCCAGCUACUGAAAUCCACGUAUCCAGAAGAGUUAAUUGUGUGGCUGCAGGGGAAAACGGAUCGUUCUUAUUUGUCGGCCUCUCUGAGGGUUUGAUGGUUUACAGCUUGUCGGGUGGUGACUGGAUCUGUGGCUGGGAAGCAGAUAAAUUAGAAGUGUGCAGCCUGAGUAUAUGUCAUGUGAAAAAUCUCACCUACCUGAUUGGCACAGUGGAUAACAUGGGCAUUGCUCGACUCUUUUACUUUUCUGAAGAGAACCUCCAUUUUGUGAAAGCCAUAAAUGAAACCGAAGAUAUAAGCAAGCGCACAGUAUGUAUUACAUUUAAGCUGUCCCAUGGAGGUGACUAUGCUGGAGUUCUUUUGGAAGGUUCCGGGGAAUGUUGGUUGGAAGUGUACAAGCUCCCCAAGGAUUCCUGGCUAAAGGAACUGGAUCAUGCCCAUACCACUAUGCCGAGCACACCUAUAAUAAGCACUGAGUCUGCUGGGACGCAUCUAUCAGAGCCAAAGAUCACACAACCAGUGCUUUUAAUGAAGAUUAGGCCACCAAAACCAAUUACAGGAAGCACAUUUAAAUCUGUUCAAGAGGCUGUGCAGAAGAGUGAUGACAGCAGUGUGUUUGGUACUGGACAGAAUCACGCCAUCAGUUCUCAUCAAUGGGAGCAGCAAGAAGCCAUAUUUAUGGGCAUGUAUGAAAAAUAUCUUGGCAUAGAUGUGCCAAAGAUCCCAGAAGGAGAGACAUCAAGGCACACCAUGUUUCAUAUUCUUCAACCUAAUAAAAUACUGCACAAUGAUUCAGAAACAAUGCAGUCAGCUGUACCUAAUGCCAUAAGUGUGCACUGGAGUGGAUGCCACAAUUUCUUCAUCUACCAACUGGCCAAAUCUAUUAAGGAUAAGGCAGAUGUUGACCCAAAAGCUGAUAUUGUGUGGCCGUGUUCUGCUCCCAUUAAAUUCUCAGCAGUCAGCUCUUGUACCUCCUACCUAGCCCUUGCACUUGAAAAUGAAACACUUGCAGUAUGGGACUUGAAGUACUCUGGUUUUCCUUUGACUGUUGUUGCCCUCCCAGAGGGACGGCAUAUAGGUAGUCUUUAUCACUUAGAACACAAUGCUUGCAGUAAAGAACCUCCAGCUGCCACUAGAGCCCAGAUCUUGGUGUGGUGUACGGAUAAAUCUCUAUACCUCGUCACUGCAGCAGGGGGUAGGGAACAGGGAACGGUAAUUCUUCUUCGAGAAAGUACUGGCACCUCCGAUAACCAGAUCAGUGCAGUGUCUCCCAUCCACUCCCUUCCAAGUAUGGUGCUUUUACAUUAUUGGAACAGUACAGUGGAGCUUUUCAAUGUUUCCAGAUGUGAACCAGUUUGCCAAUUUGGCCUGCCAGCAACUCAUAUGCUGGCAAGUCCGUGGCAGCCAGUUUAUUCUCUUGAUACAGAGAAUCUCAGCCUUUUUCUUAAAGGUACUGAGAAAGUGACACCUGGAGAGACUUUGUCUGCAGAAAAUGACGGUUGCUCAGUCUUUGUCUUCAGUUUGAACAUGUUAAUAAAAACACCAAAACCUGUUGGGGAUUUGUCGGAAAAUUUACCGUGGGAGCAAAAGUGCAAACUACUGUUACAGUCAAGGCUACAGACUCUACCAGAGCGGAGAAAGCAGAUUUCAGAAUCCUGGUCUCUUCUAAGGAAACAAGCAUCUGAUUUAAUGCACAGAGACACCCUGAGCAGAUAAUGAUGGAGCAAAAGCUUGCAAUGUGCCGUGCAUAUGGAAAUACUGCAUCUAAAUGUCUAAUAUUGACUGAUAGCUGGAAAAAAAUAAACCCGAAAUAGCUUUUCUACUGGAAUACUAAACCUUUCAUUUAGACAACUUUGUUCUUUCUUUUGCCAUUUAUGGAAGUUUUACUCAAAAGAACUGAGGGGUUCCAGGACAUAGCAACCCCCAAAGCUGAUGACCCCCCAGAGGAAUACAGUGUUUUUACUGUUUGUGUCUCUAUUUGUGUAAGAAAAUGAAGAAAAGACAAAGGGGCUGUAUACAGUAUGUUGUAGAUCAGAAUUGAGAACUGCUUUACUUCAUUCUUUAUAGUGACUUUGGGGUUGGUUUACGUAAAAGGUAACUCCACUUUCAUGGGGGGAAAAAAUAGCAAAUAAAAACAUUUAAAAUAUAAAAA